AUGGGUGAUAACAUGGAUGAAGAUGAAAUGAUUGUGGAACCGGGUGAUGCAGCUGCUAUUCGCUCAGCUCCAGUGCAAGGAAAUGAGAGUUUCCUUGUUAACACUACUAUGUUGCACCUGCUCAACACCAAGGGCUUAUUUGGGGGUCUACCAACGGAUGACCCGAAUAGGCACUUAAAGAAUUUUCUUGGGGUUUGCACCACUAAUGUGCAUCCAAAUGUCUCCGUCGAGACGGUUAGGUUGAGGCUCUUCCCAUUCUCUCUCACGGGUGAGGCCACCGUAUGGUUCGAUGAUCUUCCAGCCGGUUCUAUUACUACAUGGGUGGAGUUGAACGAGGCAUUCCUUAAGAAAUUCUUCCCUCCUUCUCGGAUGUUACAACUCCGUGACGAAAUCAACAACUUUCGUCAACUUCCAACCGAAGCUCUACACGAGGCUUGGACUCAUUUCAAAAAGAAAGUAAAGAGUUGUCCAAAGCAUGGGUUGCCCGAUAGUGUUCUUCUCCAAACAUUCUACCGAUCACUUGACACGGUCAACAAGUCGGUGGCAAAUAAUAUUGCGGGUGGUUCUGUGAUGGAAAACUCUUAUGCGGUGAUGAGUGCUCUCCUAGAUAAAUUGACAGAGACCACUAGGGAGACGGAAGUGGAUGGAGGAGGUCCUUCCAAAAUUGUCUUGUCUAGGGAGAUAAUAAAGAAGGAAGAAGAGAGAGAUGAGACCAUGGCAAAGUUGGUUACCCAAAUGGAUCUUCUCACUAAACAUGUGUUGGGUGGAGGCUCCAAGCGAGUAAAUGUAGUAGGAUCUUGUGAAGGGGAUUCUAUGGAUGAGCAAUGCUUCCAAGUGUGUGAGGAGAAAGACAACUUUAUCAACAAUCAAGCGGGGGUUCCCAUCCAAACUACCAAGGUCCUAAUCAAGGAUCUUGGCGGCAAGGUCAAUGGAAUCAAGGUUGGAACAAGGAUAGCGGAAAUCAAGGGUGGAGCAAAGAUAUUGGGAAUUCUCAUUGGUGGGACAACAAUCAAGGGGGUUAUAACAACAAUCAAGGUGGAGUCAACCGAUUCUUUUUACAAAGAAACAAGGGACGAAAUGAAAAGCUUGGGGCAAAUCAUAGGUUUUCAUUCAACAACCAUCAAGCAAUUAGAGUCGCAACUUGGCCAAAUCUCGGCUACUCUCAACCAAAGGAAAAAAGGCACACUCCCUAGUGAUACAGUUGCAAAUCCAUGGAAUGAUAAUGAUCAUAAAUGCCAUGAAAUAACUACUAGGAGUGGAAAGACAAUUAGGGGAGAGGCAUUGGUGAAAGACGAUAUGGUGGUUGAUGAUGAGAAAAUGGUUGAAGAACCCAUUGUUGUUGAGGAAGAAGUGACUCCAAAGAAGAAGUGGGCUAGUAUUGCAAAGCCUAUUAUUGUUGAAGACGGUCCGAAAAUUGAUAAUGCUUUAAAAGGAGAGGAAGCGGUAGAUGAGGUGCAAAGGGAUUUACCGCUCGUUCCAAAUCCUCCUCCUCCUUUUCCUCAACGAUUGGCAAAGAAAGCGGGUGAUGAAAAAUUUCUCAAGUUUAUCGAGAGAUUGAAAGGGAUUUCAUUUAACAUUCCCUUGGUGGAAAUACUAGAACAAAUGCCCGGUUAUGCCAAAUUCAUGAAAGAUAUUGUAACCAAGAGAAGACAUGCUAGUUUUGAAAUCGUAGGAGUUACACAUCAUUGUAGCUCUAUUGUGAUGAAGGCCUUAGUUCAAAAGAAGGAAGAUCUAGGAGCUUUCACCAUUCCUUUCACAAUUGGGAUGUAUAAAUUUGCCAUAGCACUAUGUGAUCUUGGAGCAAGCAUGAACUUGAUGUGGCAUUCUAUUUUCAACAAGUUGGGUUUGGGCACUCGCCGACCCACAACAAUGAGAUUGCUAAUGGCGGAUAGAACCGUGAAGAAACCGGUUGGUAUCCUCUAUGAUGUGCUUGUGAGAGUUGAUCGAUUCAUUUUUUCGGCCGAUUUUGUGAUCUUGGAUUGUGAAGUUGAUUUCGAGGUGCCCAUAAUCUUGGGAAGACCUUUCUUGGCCACGAGGCGUGCUCUUGUAGAUGUGGAGAGGGGUGACCUAAAAUUUAGAAUGAAUGAUAAAGAAGUCACUUUCCAUAUUUGCAAGUCAAUGAAACAAUCGGCGGAUAUGAGUGUUGUGUCGGUUAUUGAUACAAUCGAUGAAGCCAUGGAUACAACCGUUGAGCAUGAACAUAUGGGUGAUAUGUUGGCGGCGGUGAUAAUGAACUAUGAGGGGGAAGAUGAAGAAGAGUUCAAGGAGACGGUUAAUGCAUUGAUUGGGUUGGGGUCAUACCACUACAAUCCAAAGAAGCUUGAUCUUGAUUUAGAAAACCGAGCAACUCCUCCCGCAAAGCCCUCUAUUAUUGAGCCUCCUACUUUGGAACUCAAACCUCUUCCUUCACACUUGAGAUACAAAAAAGCUAUUGGUUGGUGUAUUGCGGAUAUCCAAGGGAUUCCGCCCGGUAUUUGUACUCAUAAAAUUCAACUUGAUGAAGAAUGUGAGCCAAGUGUUGAACAUCAAAGGAGGUUGAAUCCUCCUAUGCAAGAGGUUGUGAAGAUCGAAAUCAUCAAGUGGUUAGAUGCCGGUGUUGUGUACCCUAUAUCGGAUAGCUCUUGGGUUAGUCCGGUUCAAUGCGUGCCCAAAAAGGGUGGAAUCACCGUGGUUGCAAAUGCUAAAAAUGAAUUGAUUCCCACUCGCACGGUCACCGGAUGGCGGGUUUGCAUGGAUUAUCAAAAGUUGAACAAAUGGAUCAAUGGCAUUCAUGGAUCAAAUGUUUGA